AUGGAUGGCCGGCAAAUCUUGAACCACGCGGUGGACCAGCACAAGGAGACGACCGCGGCGGCGAAGCGCGCGCUGCGGGUUGUCGAGCAGACCAAGGAGCUGCAGGCCUCCACCAUGGGAGCGCUGCAGGACCAGGGGCAGCAGAUACGCCGCAUCGGCCAUGGCAUGGACAAGAUUGGGACCGACCUGACCUACAGCCAGCGCAUCCUGCGCUACAUGCGCAUGUGCUGCUGCGUCGGGUUCUUCUGCUCCAGCUGCACCGAGCCGGACAGGGAGAAUGCUGACAACAACUGGCGCAGCGGCGGCGUCCCCCGCCCCCCGCCGCCGCCCUCGCACGCUGCGGCCGCCGCCGCCGCCGGCGACGGCGAUAAGAAGGCAAUCAAGCGCCCCAAGAAGGGCGGCGCGGGCGGCGCCGGCGCCGGCGCGCCGCCGCCGCAGUUUGCGCCCGUGGGGACGGCGGGGCUGGCGGAGGCCGGGUAUGGCGAGCAGGCGGGCGUCAUACAGAAGGAGACGGCAAAGCAGGACGAGUACUUGGACCAGAUCGCGUCGGGGCUGGACCAGCUCAAGCAUGGCGCCAUGGCGAUGCGGGACGAAAUCCACCGGCAAGACCACACCGUGGACCGCCUGCACGCCGACGCGCACGUGCUGCACGGGCGGCUGACCGCGGUCAACCGGGAGGGCUUCAAGAUCUGA